UAUACACAUAUAGAUAUAUGUAUGUGUAUGUGUAUAUAAUUAAUUCGAUAUUCCAUUUGUGCUCUUAACAACAACAACAAAUAAAGCUUUUAAAAUCAAAGAAAAAGAAAAGUGAAAAGUGCCUGCACCCCCUUAAUUUUCCUCGCGCGACCAUCUCUUAAUAUGUGUGCUAAGUCUUCCAUCAUCACUAGGCUAACACCAACAUCAUUAUCAACACUAUCAACAACAAACAAGCAACAUAUCUCACUGCUUCUUCGGGUCGAUCUGCUGGUUAUUGCUCCAUUCGCAACCUUCAAUUUGGCCACAUGAUUCGGAAUUGGCAUAAACCCAAGCACAGCUGAGAUAUUAUGGAAAAAGCGAAAGCGUAUAUUAAAAAUGAACUUCGCGGUGGCAGCCAACAGUCCAUACAAUCCGAGCCACAAUCCCCAACGCCGUCGCUGUCCAACAGGCAGCCCGUCGAGCUGAUGCCAUCGCCAGGAGCCGCGGCAGCAGCAGCACAUCGGGCUUACCACCAUCCGCAGCAGCUUUCGCAUUAUUAUGCCAAAUCCACGGGUCGGGCAUCGGCCCCGCCACCAUCCGUUUGUUUUGUUUGCGGCGGUCAUGGGGGCUACGAGCCACAGCCAUUGCGGGUGCGCCCCUAUGCGGAACGUCCGGGCGAUGCAUACUUCCCGUUUCUGGAGCGGCAUGAGCCGCCCAAUGGGGUAUCAGCGGUGACGGCGGGUCAGGAUUAUGUGAUGGCCUGCAUGCUGUGCUAUCGUUCGCUGCACGAGCAAUGGGACUCGUACGAGAGGCAGAAGAAGCCUUUGCUUCAACGCAUCUACCACAUGAAGCGAGUGGAUGGCAAGGGCUAUAUAGGAGCUGAUGUUGCUACCCAAAGUGAAUAUGCCGCUCAGAUGCUGGGUCUAAGUGCUGAGCAUUUGACGCAGAAUGGUCUAAGUGACCUGCAAGGAGGUGCUGGGAUUGCUAGUAUGGAUCCUUAUGCUUUGUCGAGGCAUUACUCAUCACCUCAUCAUCAGCAACAGUUGCCACCGCCGUCUCAUCAUCAUCAGCUAAGUACCUCGAGGAAUGCCUCACCUUCGCCGGGUGACUAUUAUCCACGUCAAUCCACCACACCCAAUAGUUACCACAAACAUUUAAGUCGUCCACCCAGCGAGCCACUGAAACCAACAGCAACAACGACACAAUUAGCCUCAAAUACUGCUCCACCAUCGCCAGCAGCAGCUGCAUCUGGUAGUUCCCCUUUAAGUUUUGCUCAACAUAAAUUCAAAAUGACUCCAACUGGAUCACCUGCAGCUCAUUUAACAGCAGCUGGAGCUGCUCCUUAUCAUCCCGCUCAGUAUCAGCAGUUGCAACAACAAACGGCUGCCUAUCAUAUGCUGCAACAGGUGGCUGCCGGUGCCUCAGAACACAACCACUACAAAGGGAAUCCGUACACAGCUUUGCCCUCCCCAUUGCCUUUAUCAUUGCCGCCGCCUCCUGUCAUCCUGCCUUCAGCUUCGGAUGAUAAUGCCACAGUUUUGGAUUUACGUAAUUCCGCCACACCCACAUCCACGUCCACGGCGCAACGCCAUCCUCAACCACUACCCCCACCAUCCCAGGCCACGCAAUCCCAACCCCAAUCGGAAGUGGGCAUUCUGGAUCUAUCCAUGCCCGAUAAGAACUCAAUCACAGAAGUUUGCUAUGUCUGUGGCGAUGAGCAGCGUCGCGGUAGCCUCAUCGAAUUGAGUACAGUCAAGCCAAAGGAUUCACGGCAUGUGGUCCCAUAUUUUCCGCUAUUCAACGAAAUGCAUCCCAGACCAGCACGUUCGCGUCCCAAGGAUCCACGUGGCAUGAUACAGGCUUGCAUGCCCUGCUAUGAGGAUCUAAUGCAGCAAUGGAAUGCUCAUCAGGCCUGCCACAAACCAGAAUCGGAACGUUCCUAUUUACUGCGCAAGCGUCCCGCACCCGUGAGUGCCUCCACAAUGGAGAGAACGACAUUCGUUUGCUAUACUUGUGGAUUGGAUACCCAGUCAUCUCAGUUGCGAUUGAUUUACUGUUGUCCCAAUGCCGAGCGAGAGCCCUACUAUUCCUUUAUUAAGACCAUGAAGGUCUAUAAAAACGCUAGUCCCAUUAGUCCUCAGGGCAUGGUUCAGGUCUGUGCCAGCUGCAAUGAAAAGCACUCUAGCCGGGCUGAGGGUGUUCCAGCAGCAGCAGCAGCAGUGGUGGCACCUCCACCAGCAUCAACAUCAGCACCACCAGCAGCAGCACAUCUCUCAUCUGCUGGUAACAUGGACUCAUCAUCGUCCAUGGUCAAUUCGGUCAUUUAUAAUUCAAGUGGAAAUAAUUUACCAGCGUCUUAUACUACAACUACGACUGGUCGCCAAUCACCAUCUGAGAAAUCAUUGGCCAAUUCAGAUUCAACUAGCAAUGUGCGGUUUAAGCCCUAUGAGACAAAUUCAAACAACUCAAACUCAAAUACGGCUCGUGACCUUAAACAAAUAGCCAGACGCAGUGAUUCGAGACCCAAUUCGCCAAGUUCAUCCAGUCAAGGAGCCAUCGAGAAUGGAAACGGCCAUGGACAGUAUCCCUGCUCCAUUUGCAAAGUGCUUUGCCCAUCCAAUAAAAUGGACUGGCUAUCUACAAGUGCCGAGCAUAUGAAUUCCCAUGCAAUGCAUUUUCCUUGCCUCAAGGCCAAUGCCGCAAGCAGUACAACAAGCAGCAACAAUAACAACAACAACAACAAUAAUAAUAAUAAUAACAACAACAACGAGCUAAACAGCAACCGCGUGUUGGUCUGCAAAGAUUGUAAGGAUUAUUUGGCCAGCCAGUGGGAAUCCAUGGAUGCGGAACGUGUACCCUUGGAGCAUAGAAGAUACAACAUUCCCUCACCCAUGAUGACCAACUCCAGCUCACCGAAUGGAUCUCGUCAUGGCGCCAUGAGCAUCUGUACACCGCCCUCAACACCAUCAAUAUCAUCAUCAACUCCCGCCAGCACAUCGAUCUAUUGCUUUCUCUGUGGUCUCCAUUCAGAUUUAACUCUAGCCAGAGUUCUAUAUGCCAGCAAAGAGGGAUCGCGACCAUAUUUUCCUCUGUUGUUGAAACAUAAUUCUCUGCCAAAUGCCGAACAGCUGAGGAAUAAUUCCGCCUUGGUUUGCACCUUUUGCUAUCAUUCCAUGUUAAAUCAAUGGCGCAAAUAUGAAGCUCAAAGCCCCAGUCUGAGUCCAACUGAUCGAAAGUACAAUUGGCAUGACUAUAAUUGUCAUCUGUGCGGCAUAACGACUUAUAGGAAACGUGUACGAGCUUUACCUGUCAAUGAGUUCCCCUUUGUGAAGCAUCAGAAGAGUGAUGACGGGCUGUUGCUGGAGAAUGGAGAAUACGCCGUCGUCUGCCUCGAUUGCUACGAGAGUUUGAGGAUCUCCUAUUGCAGACAACAAGCAUCGCAGCACGAUCGAUUUGGGGUGCCUAUAUCGAGGCGGGCCUACAAUUGGGUACCCCAACCGCCGCCGCCCGAGGAUAGUCCCGAAUCGGCAGUAGCACGUUUGCCCUGCGGCGAACGCUCUGAUCGUAUUCAUAUCAGCAAUGCAUUGAGGCCGUUCCCGGCAGGCAAGAAGACCACCAACUUAUCGCCAAAGCAAUAUGAAAAGUCAAAAGAAGUGCCGCCCAAGGCUGGACAGAAGCGACCGGCUACCAGUCCGGCCCCCCAUCACAUACCUGUGCCGCAUCAUUUGCAGACACCGCCAGGAACUGGUGGUCCUGUGGCCAACAGUCCGGCUCCACCAGCGCCGAAUGCCGGCCUGCUGAACCACAGUCUGGCCAAUAAUCACAUUAGCGGCACUCCUUCGCCCUCCCAGCAGCAUCAGCAGCAACAACAGCAACACCAACAGCAGCAGCAGCAGCAGCAACAACAACAACAGCAGCAGCAACAACAUCAGGCCCAUCAACAGGCAGUGGCUGCUGCAGUGCAACAGCAAUUGGCCGGUGUGGGAAUGCCACCAGGAGCCAUCAAUGCGGCUGCGAAUGCGGCCAGUAAUCGCGGCUCCUUUGCCGCAGCCCUGCGAACAUUGGCCAAGCAAGCAGACAUCAAAGAGGAGGAUGUAACACCCACAUCGGGGAAUCCCCAGCAGCCUUCGAGCGCAUCAUCAGCCGUGCCUCUUAACUCGGUGUCAGCCGGACGAGAGCAACGGGUGGGCAGUGGUGUUCCCGGGGAUGAACGAUCGGCAGCUGCCGCGGCCAAUAAGAAACGUUCGCCUCCGUCUCCACAGCCGCCUGAGAAAAUCGCCCGACUAAGUCAUACGCCGCAGGCGGCAUCCAUGCAGCCAGAGCUGCUGGCCAGAAGUGGCUUCCAGCCAUACAGAUCGGAUGAUCGGCUAAUGCAUCCAGCUGGUCCGUUCCCCCUAGAGGCCUAUUCGCACUUUGCAGGUCUACCCGGACUCCCGCCAGCAGCAUUUCUGAACCCCGCUGGAUUGCCGUACUCGGAUCCAUUGUUUCUGGAGCAUCGCUACCAACUAUUUAGGGCUGGUGCCCAUCACUCGCAUCCUCAUGCAGCUGCAGCCGCUUUGUAUCCGCAGAUGGCAUCGCCCUAUUCCCACCUGUACUCCAUGAUGCCAGGUGCCGCCCUGGGCAUCUCACCGGCCAUGCACGAUCGCCUGAAACUAGAGGAGGAGCAUCGAGCGCGUCUGGCACGCGAAGAAGAGCGCGAACGAGAGAUGCAGCGGGAGAAGGAGCGCGAAUUACGCGAACAGCGGGAGAAGGAGCAACGCGAGAAGGAGCAGCGUGAACGCGAACAGCGCGAGAAGGAACAGCGGGAGCGGGAGCAAAAGGAGAAGGAAGCCCGAGAGCGCAAGAUGCGCGAAGAAGAGCGUGAGGCAAGGGAGCGGGAGCGCCAACAACAAUUGCUUAAUGCCUCCCACCACUACUCCAAUCAAUUGUACUCCCCGCUCAAUCGGAAUCUGCUCGGCUCCAUGAUGCCGCAUCUGAAUCUGGGUCUGCGCGGACCACCCGGCUCCCUACAUGGACUACCGGGCAUGUCCCAUUAUCAUGCAGCAGCGGCCAAUGCAGCCCAACGGCAGAGUCCUCACUCAGCAGCUGCAGCCGCCGCCAUGGGUCUCAAUUUGGCUGGCAUGGCUGGUCUACCACCUGGUUUAGGAGGACACGGACCUCCCCCCAAUCUGCAGCAUCAUUUGCAGCAAGCAGCCAUGGGCUUAGCACCCCAUCCACAUGCUGGCUUCUCGGCCGCCGCAUUGGGUCUGAGCGCCCAUCCUCAUAGCCUGAAUUUAAGUCAUCCCCACAUGUCGCCGCAUCAUCCUGCCGCCUCCCUGGCCGGGCAUCCGCAUUCAGCCGGGGCAGCUGUCCCCACAACUAGCUCCGCCAUGCCCCCCGUUACGGUUACCAGUUCAUCCACUUCCUCGCCCCACAGCAGUCUAAACCUAACAUCGGCCGUCAAGCUCAGCUCGGAACAGGUGGCCCACACGUCAUCCGCCCCAACGGUGAACAGCUCCACCACACUCACAACUUCCACGCCCAGCUCUCAACACAUUCCCACCAUGAGCCACUUCUAUCAUCCUGGUCACCUAGCAGCCAUGCACGCAGCGGCAACAGCUGCGGCCAGUGGCCUGACGCCAACGGCUGCCCACCAACAGCAGCCGAGCAUAUCCCAGCACCCCAGUUCACCGAAGAUGACGCCCAGCACACCGACUAGCUCGGCGAGUGCAGCGAAUGGCGCCAGAGCAGGCGGAAGUCCCCAUGCAAUGAGGCAUCACAUUGCCGCCGCAGUGGCUGCAGCUGCUCAGCAAUCCGCGUUGAUUGAGAAGUCUGCUGCUGCUGCAGCGGCGGCGGCGGCCACGGCUAGCACUACCCAUGAGCCGGCCACCCUCGACUUGACCGGAUCAAACUCAAAUUCCAGCAAUCAGGCUCCCUCCAACGCUAGCAGUGGGGCAGCACCCACCAACCAUGAGCUCAACGGCGUUGAGUCAAAUGGGGCCCAAGAGAACAAGGAAACGGUGAUUAACAGCAUCAAAGAGGAUCCUCUGAAGAGCUCAACUCCACCCGCUGCGGCGGAGAAGAAACUGGCAGCGGAAGCCACGGCAGAAAAGACACUGCUACCAGAUAGCUCACCGGAGAAUUCAUCGCGGCGCAGUGCUAGUCCACCAUCGGACACGAAUGCCUCACAACCGGUUACUGGAGGUGUCUCUGCCGUUGCAGCGGGAACAGCUGCAGCAGCAGCAGCUGGAACAGUGACAGCAGCAGGUAAAGAGGAGACCCCAAAGAUUGUAGAGCCGAAACCCUCGACUACACCUAACCCAACUGCAUCAGCAGAUCUGGGUGUCGAUAGUCAGGAGGAGCAGAAGCGUUCUUCUUCCCCUGACACAGUGUCCAACUCGGGUAAUGGCAAUGGCAAUGGCAACAGUGUCGGUGGUGGUAAUGGUGGUGGUGUGACUUCAACUACAAGUGGCACCACUUCCCCGCCUGUGGUUAGCAGCAGCACUGGAACUGCCACUGGCACCGGCACCAGCACCGACACCGGCGCCAACACAUCCACCAAAUCAGCCUUAACCAGCGAUGAGGUAUCGACAAGUGCCGCCACGUCGCUUGCCGAGCCAGCCAGAUGAGGGAGAGAUUAGGUUUAAGUUUAAGUUUUUCAAAGAAUUCGCCUCGGAAUCGGACGGACCGGAACUAGUUAAAACAUCUACCUUCAGUUAAAAUUAACUAAGAGAUAAUUUAGUUGUUAAUCCUGAAACAGACAGCAACAAACAAACAAACAAACAAGCAGAAGAAGAAGAAAGCGAAAAAUCUUUAUUUAUACAAGAAUUUUUUGUAAUGUAUUGCCAAGAUUUGGUUAGAUCCAAUUCGAAAUGUUUUAAUGUUUAAUUAAUUACUAUUAUUAUUUUUCGCUCUUUAUUUAACAUCUUACAUCUUAGCAAUGGCCUCAAUAAAUCAUUUAUUUGUUUACGA